AUGUCGUUUUACCGUUUUAUCUCGUUUACGUUAGCUAUUGCUGGCUUUCUAUCUGCCGAGCCAAUCGCACGCUCACAAGCCGGAAUCUAUCAUGGCCGUUAUUUACCUACAUUCAAUCAAGAUGUGUUUUUGGGUAUCAAGUACUCACCGAAACCCGUCCGUUUUACACCUUCUGUACUUGCGAGUGACAGCCCCAAUUCCGAGUUCAAUGCCACGAGUUAUGGCACGGAUUGUUAUGGGUUCGGGGCAGAUACCACGAGAAUGGUAGCCGAAGGAUUUACAACCCUAGGAGAAGAUUGCUUACACUUGAAUAUUGUUAAGCCUGCUGGCGAAAGUGAAGGAUUGCCUGUACUUCUAUGGAUUUAUGGUGGCGGUUGGUUUACUGGCGCAACCAGUGACCCGCGGUAAGUGAAUAAAUCUUUUUUCAUCUAACACACUUCUCAUUACGUUGGUUCCACUCGUCUAUUCUCCGGAUUGGCAUAAUUUGGUUCUUUCUAACUGGUUCCCAGUUACAACUUGAGUUAUAUUGUCGAGCAAUCUGUUUUGAAUGGCAAACCAGUCAUGGGUGUUUCAAUAAACUACCGUCUAGCAGCUUUCGGUUUCAUUUUCAGCGAGGAAGUCAAAGCAAGCGGGAACCAGAAUCUCGGUCUGCGUGAUCAACGUAUUGCCAUGAAAUGGGUCAAUCGCCACAUUGCCUCAUUCGGCGGAGACCCAAACAAAGUCACUAUUUGGGGAGAAUCUGCUGGCGCUUAUUCGGUUGGCGACCAUAUUGCAGCAUAUGACGGUGACUCAGAAGGCCUCUUUCGCGCUGCGAUUCUCGAAAGUGGAGGAGGUGUUGGAGCUCCCCUGAAUGGAACGGAUUGGUAUCAGCAUGUGUAUGAUGAACUUUCGUUCAAAGCGGGGUGUAGUAAUGCUACAGAUACGCUCCAAUGCCUCAGAGAAGUUCCUUAUGAGGUUAUCGCCCCACUUGCCUAUAAUGGCCGAGAUCAAUGGUUCCAUACCAUUGAUGGAUCUUUGAUCCCAAGAUUCGGACAGGAAUCAUUGGUAACUGGAAAGUUCGCCAAGAUUCCAAUUCUUCUUGGAACAAAUACAGAUGAGGGAUUUGGUUUCAAUGCAGUAAAUAACGGUAGGUUCCGUAUUUUCUAUUUACACCUAGUCCUCAAGCUUCAGUCAGAAUAUGUACGAUGUGAUUUGUCAAACAGAACAGUAUGUUUGUCACCUACUAACAUAUAAAUAGAUACUCAAGCAAUAGGCGUACUCACUCAUAACCAAAGAUUCAACAUCGAUGAAGCACAAGCAAAAAGACUUUUAGAGCUCUACCCUAACGACCCAACAAUCGGCUAUCCUUACGGAUGGGGAAACCGGACCUGGCCCGGAAAGGGUCUCCAAUACAAACGAAUCUGGAGUAUCGCGACUGACAUGACUAUGUUUGCCCCAAGAAGAUUGUUCGCGGAGCAGAUGAGAAAAUACGUCUCGCAUGUUUAUUCUUACAGAUGGGAUGCACCUAAAUAUAACACCACGAAUGAUAUUGGCGUCAACCACUUCUCGGAGGUAAAUAAGGAUCUAUGGAUGGAGAAAAGAAGUCCUCUGCUAAUUAAUGUAUAGAUACCAUUUGUGUUUGGAAACCCUGAGCAGGACUUUACACCCUUGGGGAACAGUACCGAGAAUCUUCGUUUAGCACGGUUGGUGGGGAGGAUGUGGACUUCUUUCGCUUAUGAUCUUGAUCCAAAUGGUCAUGGAGGUACGUAAAUGUCAAUUUCCUGUGUCCCGUAAAGUUCUGUUAUCUAACAAUAUGGCCCAAUAGUUCCUGGAAUUGUCCAAUGGCCAAAGUACAGUGCCGAUGACGCCAAGAAUUUUGUCUUUCGCAAGGACUUGAGUUACACUGAGCCAGACACGGAUCGUGGGGAGGCAGUAGCUUAUAUUAACACUAUUGUGAGAUAA